AUGGCUAGGGGAAAAAUUAGAACUUUUAAGGGAGAGAAUGCAUAUGGUGUUGCUAGGUUGGUAGAGAUACCUAGUGAAAUAAAUGUAGAAGUAGAACAAAAAAGGAGGAGGAAAAAGGCUAUAGCAGUCCAUUGUGAAGAUAACGUUGAGCUUGAGACUGAAGGUUUUGACUCAAGUGACUCUAAUUGGAGCUUUGUCACAAGUGAUGAGGAAGAACUAGAGGUAGAAGAGGCUGUUAGAAGGAAGAGCACACGUGUGCAAUAUGAUGAAACCACAGAAAUUCCUCACUUUGCACUAAAUAUGGUGUUUGAUGGCCCUAAGCAAUUUAAGGAAGCUAUCAAUAAAUAUGCAUCUACCAGAAGAGUUAAUAUUGAUUUGAUCAAGAAUGACAAGGUGCGCGUAAGGGCAAAAUGUAAGGCUAAAAAUUGUGAUUGGUUAAUUUAUGCGGCUAGAGAUAACAAGACCGGCUUGUUUCUAGUGAAAAAUUUCAGGGAUGAACACACGUGCUCUUGGUCUUUCCAAGUGAGGAGGUUCACAUCUACAUACAUGGCCAAGCAUUAUCUAAGUUUGUGGAGAGCAGCUCCUUCAAUGAAAUUGCAGGAGUUCAAGAGAAUUGUACGAGAGCAAAUGAGCUUAGAUGUUACUAUCAGCCAAUGUAGAAGGACUAAGGAAAAGGUAAUCGCAAGACUAAAUGGGACGUAUUCCUAUGAGUUCAGCAGGUUGUGGAAUUAUUGUGAAGAAAUUCUUCAUAGAAAUCCCCGAAAUACCGUGAAGGUAAAGUUUCUAAGAGAAUCCCCAAAUUCAAGACCCAUCUUCCAACGAAUUUAUGUUUGCUUUGAUGCCGUAAGAAAUGGAUUCCUUAAAGGUUGCAGACCUUUGAUAGGGUUGGAUGGAUGUUUCUUAAAAGGAAUGUUAAAGGGCGAGUUAUUGACUGCCGUUGGGAGGGAUGCAAAUAAUCAAAUGUACCCUAUCGCAUGGGCUAUUGUGGAGGUCGAGAAUAAGGAUUCAUGGGGCUGGUUUGUAGAGGCCUUGAAGUAUGACCUUGGCACAAAUGACGGUGUGGGAUACACAGUGAUCUCAGAUCAACAGAAGGGGCUUGUGCAAGUACUCGAGGAGGAGAUGUCAUUGGCUGAGCACCGACGAUGUGCAAGACAUAUCUAUGCGAAUUGGCGUAAGAAGAAUGGGGGUAACAAUUGUCGCAAGCAAUUCUGGAUGUGUGCAAAGUCAACUACAAUUCCUCAAUUUGAAAAGCAUCUUGAAGAAUUGGGUAAGAUGAGUAAGACGGGAAAAGCUGACUUGAUGAGGAUUGCUCCAAAAUAUUGGUGCAAGGCUUUCUUUGAAACUAUAUGCAAGUCAGAUAUUGUGGAUAAUAACUUGUCAGAAGCAUUUAAUGGAUCGAUAUUGGAAGCUAGACACAUGUCUAUCAUAUCCAUGCUUGAGGAUAUUAGAGAAAAGAUUAUCACAAGAAUGCAUGAGAAAAGAGGUGCAUGUCAAAGAUGGAAAAGAGACAUUGCACCUAGGAUAUUAGAAAAAAUAGAAGGCAAUAAAAAGGAAAGUGCCUUUUGUCAUGUGCUUUGGAAUGGAGAAGAUGGAUUUGAAGUGCGCCAUAAGAAUGACAAAUUUGUAGUGGACAUAAGAAACAACUCAUGUUCUUGCAGGGCGUGGGACUUGAGUGGCAUUCCAUGCCCUCAUGCAAUUUGUGUCAUUCUAUUCAAAGGGGAGGAGAUAGAAACUUUUGUCGCUCACUGGUACAAGAAGGAUAGAUAUUUAAAGACAUAUAGUCACUACUUGGAAGCAAUGAAUGGUGAUAACCUUUGGCCUUCUAGUGAUAAAGAACCUUUAGUGGCACCAAUGCCUCGAGUUAUGCCUGGUAGGCCUAAACGGAAAAGGAUAAGAGAGGAAGGAGAAUCUAGAAAUGGGUUCAAAGAUGAAGAAAUACUGGGACAAAGAGAAGCCAACUCACUUGUUACAAAGAUGCAUCAUAACAAUGCCACCACUCGAGAGCCUGAACUGGAAGGUAGUCAAUCCAUUCCUAUACUAAGAAAUACUGACCAUGAUGUGGUCAAUGUGAAGAAGGUGGAGAGCACAUCGCACAAAUUUAUCACUAUAACAGGACUAGAGCGGCAAAAGGCAAACAUCAUGAAAGUCCAGCAGCAAAAGGCAAACAUCAUGAAAAAGAAGCAAGAAGAAAGGAAACAAGCUGAGUAG